AUGUCUACUUUGGAGUUCAGCCUUGUCCUCCUGGAACUGCCCAUAUGGGAGCUCCCAUACCUCAAAGUUUCCGGGCCUACUGAAGGUCCUCCAGCUCCUACAGCUCCUCAUUCCCUGACUUCGGCCACCGAUUCUACAAAUCUUAUGGAUGCUGCAUCAACGACAACAUCUUCUCCAGAGAGUCUCCUUCCGCUCGCCUUACGUGGCAAGCUGCUCGACGGUGCACCGGCAACGUCGAUUGUUCGUGACAAUCUCACUACACCGCCACCUACCGUCAACGACCUGCGGACAACUCCAUCCUCACACCAAGAUUCUGUGCCUGAAGCUCCAACACAACCCCCUCCGCUGUGGCCUGUGCGAACGUCCAGCAUUGAAGCCGAUAUUUUCCCAACACAAUUCCAAGCAACCGCGGGGCCUAUCUUGCAUCCUACCGUACCUACUGUCGUCUCCCCUAUCGCCGAAACGGUUAGGGAAACAGAAGAAGCAGAGGCAGCAGAAGAAGCAGAAGAAGCAGAAGAUCCAGACAUGCUAUCAAUACUUCCAAGACUCAUUGAGACACACUCGUCAUCAGCGACACUCAAGAAUACAAGAGGCCGACCACGAGAUGCGGCUCCCGAACCUCAGCUGCUGCAACAGCCGCAGCAAGAGCCGGUGCGGCAAAAUGUAGUGUCGGCCCCGCUGCGCUUGCGCAAGUCGCCGGGCCGUGGCAUGUCACCACCACACAUCACCGAUGGACAGCGCGGUCGCAGUGUGUCGGCCCAACCACCACCAAUUACCACUGGCCCCAGCCAGCUACACUCUCGGGCUCAUGCACAGCUUGGCUAUGUUGCAUCGAUAAGCACAGAUCCAAGUUCGCGCUCACAUUCGACACACUCCAGCGAUGGCAACGAUGCACAGAGCCCGAACUUCGCAGCAAGCUUGGCCCAACGGCGGAUGAGCUGGCUUCCUGGUGUUAGCGGCGGCAACGGUCGGUUGCGGUCAAAAUCUCACGAGCCAUCUAUGAGAUCGGCUUCAGCUGCAUGGGUUUUAUGUACAGAAUCCCACAUCGACUACAGCAUUGAUUACUUGAUGAACUGCGAGAAGGUUCCUGAGCUUUGGGACGACAAUGGCAACCUUUAUGUUUACCUUUCCCCUCAGAGCGAAGGCCAGGGUGCCUCUUUCAAAGUGCGCAUGUCCGUCAUCGAGGAAUCGCGCGUCCUCAGUAGCAUCGUCCAAAGCCAAGCCUCUUCACCCGCCAGCGCUCGAUCUCGUGCCCGCAGUUUUGGUGGUCGCGAUUCUCUUACGGCAGCCGACGCCCACCGCAUCGUCUCACCACCGAUGUCGCCACUCCUGUCCACCGGCAACGAGUCGCGGCUGCAUUUGCCCUCCAGCAGCUACAAUGGUCUAAAUGGUGCGCCUGACGUAGAGCGACUGAUUGCUCUUCGCAAUCUCUUCGCUCUUUUGACCGGCCAACCUUUGGUCGCCACGCGCAACUUUCCAACUGUGUUUGCAGCGCUGACGCAGGUGGCUGAACUGCUUCGCGAGUUUGAAUUUGGAUUUGCUUCUGUCAACAGCAACUCGUUUGGUGACGCGGUCGACUUGAGCACAGGCUUUUACAUUGACCAAACUGCCCUUGCAGACUUGCGGCACGGUCGCGAGAAGACUUUGGAGGCUCUUGUUAUUGGCGAGCAGCUACGCUUUUGGCCGCUGUACAACGAAGCGUUCUGCCACGCCGUGGGCAAGUACCCAGCGCUUUGCGACCUCAAGUCGUCGCCCCUCUGGGACAGAGUCUCUCCCUACACCUUGCAGCGUCUCGAGCGUGCUCACCUUGACCUACUCACUCGGCAGCACAGUGUCAACACGCGGCUAGAGCAGUUUGAUUUCCCCAGUUUGUUUGCUGGUGUGGCAAACUCCACGUCCAACCCCGACUACCGCAACAUCCGCUUCAAGAACUGGCGCACUGCCUUUGUCGAGAUGCGAGCAUUUGUUCUCAGAUAUUACAAGACGCAGUUUGGUAGCUGGCCUCCGAAAGCAAGCAGCCGUCGCAACCCCUUCUCGGAGAGUGGUCUGAAUCGCCUAGUGCUCAAAACGCUUUAUGCCGAUCUUUGCUCUGUGUACGACUUGCUCGUGAACCGCAAUUCGAUCACCACUCGGGUAGGUGAAGAUGGAAACAGUGUAUCAGCCGCUCCUUCUACCGUUCAACUGCCGACGAACGGGCCCCCGGCAGAUGCACCAAUUAUGGCUCUUCGCCAGAUCCUCAACGAGUUUGAUCAGUCCUCGCCACCCGUUCUACCACCAGUGCCUUUCGAUACUCCGAAGCUGCCGACCAUGGCAACGAUUCACGAGACCUACCCUGAUAUGGCUCCGAAAGACCAAGCACGGUUUGACAAGAACGUUCAACCUUACGAGCUCCAGCUGGUACUCCUCAAAUCGCACAAUGUCGAUGCCGAACGUCCUAAUGAGUCUCCAUUCCUAGCUGCAUUUGAGGCCUUUGAACUCCGGGAGGCUAAGCGAGGCAAGUCGGAAGCCGAGUUGUCCGAGAUGCGAAUCGGCCAUUGGUUGUUCCUUUAUGUCGUCCUGCAGUCCAUGCCAAUGCUCGUCAUUGAUGCCCCUGGCCUGCGCCAUACAGAAGGUGUUGAGUACUUCCUAUGUGAACCACCUCAGGGGCGUGCUCCUUGGGUCGAAGACGCAGGGGAGGUGCGGAAAGCUUGGUUCCAGACGGCCGGCGGAGCUGGCCCUCUUGUGGAGCUCUCAGCAGAUGUGCUUCUGUACUCAGUCGAGGCUACGUACCACCGCUCGCACUGCUGGUUAGCGGCCAAAGUUUGGAGCACGGAAGCUGCGAGAGGAUCGAUCUCGAACGCGGGCGUUACACCAGACGAUCUAGUUCUCGCCCAGGGUACAGAAAAUGUGGAGGCCGCGGCCGCAGCGGGCGUGCCCUUCCCCAUCCACCCUGUGACACUGCCGGAUGUCCCCAAUGGCUCCUCCCUUGGCAUGUCCUCUUCCUCACCUUCUCUUGUCACGAUGGCCACGCUAGUUUCGGCUGCGGAUUCAGGUGCCAAUGCGUCCACCACAUCUUCGCCCCGUUUUCGACCGACCAACUACGACGAAAAUGCCGAUCAUGACACCUCGCCCCGGUCCAUGUCACCUUCGAUACUUCCACAAAAGCAAGGCCAAUACUCGCCACAGCUGCAGCCCAUGCAGCAACUCCAGUCACCUGUGAAUUUACCAUGGUCCCAGACGCGCGACAACUAUCAGCAGCUGCAAGACCGGGCUCAUCUGCGCCAUGCCAGCAUCGGCUGGGCCUUGGAGCCUGUGAACCUCGGCGACGAUGGCCAUCCGCUUCCGUUCAUCCAGCAGAACCGCAACAGCUACCAACCCUCCACGCGCCGCAUUGCGUCGGCUGGCAACCUGCGAGCCAUGGUAGAGGCCAGCGGCAACGCAGUUCACCAACGAGACGAUACCAAUGGUGCUGGCCGAGGUGCUGAUACCAAUACCAAAAGCACAUACAAUGCCGAGAGUACGUUUGAUGCCAUCCUCGGCAACAUGGACGCAAAUUCCUCGCUCGCGCCGAAGAAAACCAAAAAGCGGAACUCUUUCUUGCCCUUCAUGUGA